GCCCCACUGUGGGUGUGGCAAGCCUUUCUCUCCUCCCCCUUUGUGGCCUGCCUUCCCAGAUAUCCUUCAUGCAUACCAGCUUACUUGGAUCAAGAAGAAGAAAAUAAAAAUAAAGGUUUCUUUCCCUCCCCCUCACGCACUACCUUUCCUGGCCUCCUGGGAUCUGCUCCGGCCCCCAGACAUUUUAAUCUUCCACUCUUUUCUGCAGUUUUCCCUCUAGGAAGCUAGGCAAACCUCUACAACACACCCGGAACACCAUGAAUGUAUUCCGCUUCCUGGGAGACAUCUCUCAUCUUCUAGCUAUAAUCAUCUUGCUGUUGAAGAUCUGGAAGACAAGAUCAUGUGCUGGGAUUUCUGGGAAGAGCCAAGUUCUCUUUGCCAUUGUUUUCACCACUCGGUACCUAGACCUAUUUACCAACUACAUCUCCUUGUACAACACCUCCAUGAAGGUGGUUUAUAUUGCAUGCUCUUAUGCCACAGUAUGGAUGAUCUAUAGCAAAUUCAAAGCCACCUAUGAUGGCAACCACGACACCUUCCGAGUGGAGUUCCUGGUCCUUCCCACAGCAGUGUUAGCUUUCCUAGUGAAUCAUGAUUUCACUCCCCUAGAGAUUCUCUGGACCUUCUCCAUCUAUCUGGAGUCAGUGGCUAUUUUGCCACAACUCUUCAUGGUCAGUAAGACAGGUGAGGCAGAGACCAUCACAAGUCACUAUCUCUUCGCCUUGGGUGUCUACCGUGCCCUCUACUUAUUCAACUGGAUUUGGCGUUACCAGUUUGAGGGCUUCUUCGACCUGAUUGCCAUUGUGGCCGGUUUGGUGCAAACCAUACUCUACUGCGAUUUCUUCUACCUCUACGUUACAAAAGUUCUAAAAGGCAAGAAGUUGAGUUUGCCGGCAUAGUUCAGAUUGAGACUGUGACAAGAUACUUUGGCUGAAGAGGAGGAUGGGAAUCCUUCACAGGAAGUUUAAAGACAAAGUUUUUUGGGGGGGAUAUUUUGUUUUGUUUUUACCAGCGAAGUAAAAUUACCUGUUGGUCUGUCCUUGCACCUGAACUUUUACCGGAGUGUGAUUUGGGACAAGACAAUGGAUGGUCCUUCCGCUGAAGAGCCUGAUAUAGAAGGGGUGAGGUGGGCUACAGCUUGGAUUCAAAGUUUAUAAUGACUACCCCUGGUUAAUAUAUAGGCUGCAAGUUUCUCAUAGCCCCUUAUUGAGCAUUAUCUUCACUUUCUAUACUCUUGACUCUAUUUUGUUGAUGAACUGGCACAGGUAAGAAACAUUUCUUUUAAAAAAUCCGGAACAUCUUCCUCUCACAUUGCACUCAUGUUUUGGGUGUGGGGCUGACAACUGCAUGAAGAAAUCUGAGCUUUUCCUUUUGUGAGGAUCUAGUGUGGUGGGACUAUCCAGAUAAACAGGAGCGCUUAAAAAUUUAGUCUUGUUUCCUUUAUAUAGUUAUUACUUUUGUCUAAUUUUUAAAAAGAUUGCUGGCAAGAAAAGACCUCCUUUAUACCUUCUGACACUUACUUCAUUUUGUAUAUUAUUUGAUGGUUAAUUCCUCAUCUACUUUAAAUAAAAUAAACAAUUCUCCCCAAUUAAUUAGUGCCUUUGUGGGAGGGAUGGGAAUUUAAAUAAAAACAAAUGUUUUGUU